CGGCCCUGCCCGGCCUUGCCCAGCGCCGCCGCCGCUGCCCGGGCACGGCCGCGGCUCGGCCCCGCCGGCACGAUGCAGGAUCCAAAUAAAGACACAGAGUGGAAUGACAUUCUGCGCAAGAAAGGUAUCCUUCCUCCAAAGGAAAACUCGGAGGAACAGGAACGUGCGAAGGAAGAGGAGCAGUUUGCCAUCCUUCAGAAAUCUCUUGUGAAAACUUAUGAGGACAUGACUCUGGAAGAGCUAGAAGAGAAUGAAGAUGAAUUUAAUGAGGAAGAUGAGAAAGCUAUUGAAAUGUACAGGCAGCAAAGGUUAGCAGAAAUGAAGGCAGCUCAAAUGAAGAAUAAAUUUGGGGAAGUUUUGGAAAUUUCGGGAAAAGAUUAUGUUCAAGAGGUUACAAAAGCUGGAAAAGGUAUAUGGGUAGUCUUGCACCUCUACAAACAAGGAAUUCCACUCUGUGCCUUAAUAAAUCAACAUAUGAGUGGGCUUGCGAAGAAGUUCAGAGAUGUGAAAUUCAUCAAAGCCAUCUCUACCACCUGCAUUCCCAACUAUCCCGAUAAGAACCUGCCUACGAUAUUUGUGUACCUGGAGGGAGACAUCAAAGCUCAGUUCAUUGGGCCUUUGGUGUUUGGUGGCAUGAACCUGACACGGGACGAAUUGGAGUGGAAGAUUUCAGAGUCGGGUGCCAUCAAGACAGACCUCGAAGAGAACCCCAGGAAGCAGAUCCAGGACCAGCUCAUGUCCUCAAUCAGGGCGUGUGUCCCAGCCAGGGGGGACAGUGACUCAGAGGAUGACUAAUUCCUGCGACUGCAUCCAGACUGAUGCAGUGUACUUGCAGCCAGUGUUCCCACCUCAAGCACUGGAGACACUCCUCAAGGCCUUGCUGAGCCCCAGAAGGGUCACCUUUCAAGAUGUUCAUUCUAGAAACCUCUAGAAACUAAAAACAUUUCUGUUUUUUAAAAAUUGCAGCUUAAGAUGCUGAAAGACAUUUUGUAUAGUGAAGCCUGAGUAAAUCUUACUCAAGAGUUUUAAAAUACAGACAUGACUAGAAACGGGUCUCUUGUUAUUAUUUUCAUAGUAAAUUGCUGACUUCUUUAAAAAAUUUGAAAUAUGGUGUGAAGUGCACUGUUUUUAACAAGCUUAAGUUGUACAAAUCAAAUCUAAAUAGCUGCUCUUAAAUAAUUGCUUAUGGCACUUGGAUGGGCCAUCUCUUAGCCCACUGUGCUCAGACCUCUGACAGCCUGGACUUCAUAGAGAGCUGGGGGAGGGUACCCGUGGUAUGGGUGCUUCUGAAGGUGGUAUGUGGUGCUCUGCAGAGAUGUGCUGGCACCAGAGGGUCAAUAAGAGGCUGUAAGCUGGGACCCUGUGCAUCUUGAGAGAGGCCUUGCGGAUGGCCAACCUCUCCUGGGACCUGCUGAGUCCAGAACUCCACUUUGAGUUAGCAGCACUAUUUUGCCUUUCACAAGGGCUGAACUUCCUGUACCAUCUUGCCUGCUAAUUGCAGAAUAAAACUCAAGCUGGUGGUGCUCAA